GUCAAAUCAAUGAAGAUGACCGAAUUUAAGCAGGGCUGUGGUUGUAAUGUUAAGACUUGGUUGUAUUUCAGUGAGUGUCUGUAAAAGGGUUUACGUGUGUGUGUGUGUGUGUGUGCGUAAAAACAAAGGACAAUCAUUCAAUUUUUUUUUACUCCAAUCAGGAUGAGAAUAUUGCCCAUUGUUUUUCUGCUUCAUCUCGUGGGAGUGAACGCUCAGGAAACACAAGGAGGGAGCACCGACCCUGUGGUCUCGCUGAAAAAUGGCCACAUAAGAGGAGAAAUUGUGUCUGUGAAAGGCACAGAGGUCAAAGUAAAGCAAUUCCUGGGAAUCCCCUUUGCCCGCCCUCCAGUGGGUCCCCUCCGACUGGCUCCUCCCCAAGAUCCAGAACCUUGGGAGGGGGAAAGAGAUGGAACCCGGCAGCCUCCCAUGUGUAUUCAGGAUGCUGAAAUUGUUGUUAAUGUUUCCAAAGUCAUGUCAGUACAGUACACCAUACCAGAGCUUUCCGAGGACUGCCUGUAUCUAAAUGUAUAUACCCAAGCUGAGGCAAAAAGAGGUGACAAACUACCGGUAAUGGUGUGGCUCCAUGGAGGGGGUUUGGCAAUAGGUGCUGCUUCUCAGUAUGAUGGUGCUCCAUUGGCUGCUUAUGAAAAUAUAGUCAUGGUUAUUAUUCAGUAUCGCCUCGGCAUUCUGGGAUUCCUUGGCACUGGAGAUGAACAUGUUCGAGGAAACUGGGGGUUCUUGGAUCAACUGGCGGCUCUGAAGUGGGUGCAGGAAAAUAUAGAGGCCUUUGGUGGUGACCCUCAAGCUGUCACCAUCGCUGGAGAAUCUGCAGGAGGCAUCAGUGCGUCUAUACUGACUCUGUCUCCAAAAGCUGAAGGAUUGUUUCAAAGGGCCAUUUUUCAAAGUGGAGUUGCAUUGGUUGGAACCUACACCAGCAAUGAUUCACUGCCUCUUGUCAAGGUUGUAGCCAACCUGACCGGAUGUUAUAACAGCACGUCACAGAUACUGCUUCAGUGUUUGAGAAGAAAAAGCCAACAGGAGUUAGUUGAAGCGACUAAAAAGAUGAAAAUUUACCUGGGGGGUGUGGUAGAUGGUGUCUUUCUGACUGAUACUGCAGAGGAGCUUCUAAAAAGGAAAGAAGUGAUGCGGGUGCCAGUGAUGAUGGGGAUAACCAACCAUGAGUUUGGGUGGCUUCUGCCUCAGAAUUUUGUUCUUCCCGGCUGGGAGAAAGGCAUGAGCAGAGAAUCUGUUCUGGGGAUGAUGAACAUGUUCUAUCCUGAAGGGGCCUCUUUAGCCAACAGCCUGAUUGCAGAUGAAUACCUGAAAAAUGCAAAAACUCCAGAAGAUAUAAGGGAUGGAUUCACUGAACUUAUGGGAGACCUUCUGAUGACACUGCCUGUUGUUAAGGCGGCAGACUACCACACAGAUGCGGGUAUUCCAGUUUACAUGUAUGAGUUUGGAUAUCGUGCGGAGAUGCACAAAACCACCAGACCGACUUUUGUGAAGGCCGACCAUGGAGAUGACGUCCUAUUUGUGUUUGGAGGAUGUUUCUGGACUGGAAAUAUACAAAUUAUAGGCAAUAUUACCAAAGAGGAUGAAAAACAUUGUUUAGCGAUGAUGAAAUACUGGGCCAAUUUUGUCCGUACCGGCUCUCCCAAUGGUCCAGGGAUGGUCACUUGGCCUAAGUAUGACAGGCACAAGCAAGAGUAUAUGUCUCUAGACCUGAAACAGACUGUAAAACAAAAACUGAAGGAGGACAGAGUCCAUUUUGCAACAGUCACCUUACCACAGAAAGUGGAAAUGUUAACCGCCAAAUCUGGAAGAUGAACUCUAGAAAGGGUGGUCUUUUUUUCCGUCAUGGAUGCUCCCAGGAGUGAGAUUGUUUUACACAAUGAAGUGGCCACUGAGUAUUAUAGUGCUUUCUGUUGUCUCCAUAUCCCUAUUUUUGGGUUCUAGUUUUUUUAAUAACAGGUGUAAUGAAAUGAAACCAUUCUAAGCUAAUAAAGACACUGGCAUUUAAAGGGU